UUACUCGAGUUGGCUAUGAUUACAUAACAUAGUUGUUUCUCUCUUACUCUCUUUUCUGUCUGUUUUUUAUCGAGUUCUAAAGACUGAGCAGGGCAGAUAUUUUUUCAUUAAAUAGCUACAAAUUUACGCAAAAAUGCUGUCCAGAGCUGCUUUUUUAUCAGGACAAACCUCCAAAAGCCUUGUUGCUCUAAGCUCCAGGGCACUUGCCACCACAGCGGCUCAAAAUUCCCCCGACAAUAAGGCCCUAAGACCUGUCAGACAAGAGCCUGGCAAAGUUCGUAUGGGCUUUAUUCCUGAGGAAUGGUUCCAAUUCUUCUACAAAAAAACUGGUGUCACUGGCCCUUACACCUUGGCUUUUACCCUUUCCACCUACCUGGUCAGCAAGGAAAUCUAUGUACUUGAACAUGAAUACUACUCUGGACUUUCCCUUGCCAUCAUGUGGAUUGUUGCUAUAAAAAAAUUGGGACCAGCAUUGGCCCAAUCGUUGGAUAAAGAAGUCGACGAAUAUGAAUCAAACUGGAACCAAAGCAGAGUAGACCAAAAGGGAGCUUUGGAGAGCCAGAUCAAAGACGAAGAAAAAGCGCAAUGGAGUCUUGAAGGACAAAUGCAUUUGGUGGCUGCCAAACGCGAAAACGUUCAGUUGCAAUUAGAAGCUUCCUACAGGGAACGUAUGAUCAGAGCGUACUCCGAAAUCAAGAAACGUUUGGACUACCAGGCCGAGAAGCAAAACAUUGAACGUAGAAUCAACCAGAAGAACUUGGUCGAUUGGGUUGUAGGAAAAGUCAGGGCCUCAAUCACCCCGGAUCAAGAAAAAGCUAACAUAAACAAGUGCAUCUCAGAUUUAGCUCUAUUGUCUAAAGCUUAAAAUUUAUAAGUUAUUUUGUGAUUAAGGAACAUUAAUUUAAAUGUAUAGAAUCAAUAAAUAAAAAUUGUUUUACCUGAUUUCUUUUUAUUCUUACACAGUUUCAACAAUAAACUACAUUACUUUA